AGGAAAAGCAAGGACAACCCGUACGGCCUGAUUCCUGGAGAGACACCUUAUCCGGACUGGGAGGGCCCGAGUGCAGAACAGUGUGAACAAGUCUAUCGUGUCUUGGCUGACAUACACGCCGAUGUCCCUUCAUUGCCCCCGGAAACAAUCCCGGCUCCAUCACUCGAGGUCGCUGGAUGCGGGGAGGUGCCGUCUGUUCUAGAUGGGCUCAUCCGAACCGUCUUGAGCGGUUCAGUAACAUUUGAGGCAGCCGAUAAAAUGUUGCAGGCCUUGGUGAAGAAGUUUGGCAUACUUGAGGAAGGUGUCGGAAAAGGCAGUGUCAACUGGAACAAGGUCAGAACUGCGUCUUACGGAGAGCUAUUUGAGCAGCUCAAGGACGGUGGCUUAGGAAGAAUCAAGUCCAAGCACAUUCAAGCAAUCUUGAACAUGGUUUACGAGGAGAAUAUGGAACGCCGGGCAGCAUUUCUUGAGGAAAAGAAAACUGGCGUCGAGACGGACAUUGCUGGGGCAUCUGAUAAGACGGAAGGUCAGAAGAAUCUGGAGAUCCUGAAGACAGAUCAGGAGAUCCUGUCCUUGGACCAUAUGCACGGCAUGACAAAAGACGAAGCAAUGCGACACCUUGUCAGGUAUCCUGGAGUCGGUGUGAAGACAGCUGCAUGCGUCACACUCUUCUCUCUACAGAAGCCAUGCUUCGCAGUGGACACUCAUGUAUAUCGCAUGUCGAAGUGGUUACGAUGGGUACCGGAGAAGACCAAUGAAGACAACACAUUCCAUCAUCUGGAGGUUCGAUGUCCAGACCACCUCAAGUAUGGUCUACACCAGCUGUUUAUCCGCCAUGGCAAGACCUGCCACAGAUGCAAUGACAAGAGCUUCACUGGGACCAAAGCCUGGAAUAAAACAAUUUGUCCCCUUGAAGAUCUCCUCGAUCGCUAUACCAAGAAAGAA